CUCCCUUCCUGGCCACUUUACCUUUUCCAUUCCAACAGUGGGGACCAAGCUAAGUGACCACAUAGGAGAAAAACAAGGCCAUCUGAGGCUCACCCUGAUCCUCGGGAUCCUACACUCUCCCUGCCACCAGGCGGUAUGCCCAGCCCUACUGAGCCAUCUCCACCCUCCUCUGACAACAUGAAUGCUCUUGACAGCGUCCCCUUCAAGGUGCCUAAGGGGUUUGUGGUCAACACAGAGCCUCUCCCUGUGCCAGAGCUCAGUGUCCUGGCCUGCAGGGAGCUUCUGCUGGGUUCUAUGCACGACUUCAGCCUGGAAAGAAAGGCUCUAUUCUGGGUAGAGGCUGCCAUCCGAGGACCCUUCCCCUACCACUGCGGUGACCUGGGAACAGCGUCAGCCCCUCCAGCCUGGCUCUUGCUAGUCAGCCCCGAAUAUGGACUGGGGCCUGCACCUGCCAAACCCGAAGGCCAGCAGGCCGGGCACCAGGAGCAGGAGGAAAAAAACGAAGACGACGAAGUGUCCUCUGCCAGCAAACAAGAGCUGGACCACAGCAGCCCUCAGCCCGGCUCCCCGGCAAGCCCCAGCCCUGGUCCCCGCCGCUGCUCACUGGAAUUGCCGCACAGCGUGAGGCCGGAGCUGGCCAGGGCACCGCUGGCCAGGGCGCGGCGGCUCUCGGAGAGCAGGCUGCCCGCACGUACCCGCGCCGUCCUGCACCGCUUCCGCGGCGGCCACCGGACUCUGAGCCUGUGCCCCGGUCCCAUGCCGUCCCCCGGCCCCGCGCCCCAGCUCCCCAGCGCCUCCGCGCUGCCCCCUCGGCCCUGCACGGCAGGCGCCAUGCCCCCACUGCGGAGCCACAAGCCCACAGUUGCGUCCCUCAGCCCAUACACCUGCCUGCCACCUCUUAGAGGGACACCCCAGACCCUCAACUCCCACAGAUCGCAUCCUGAUUCUACAGCCGACCUGCUGUCUGCCUUGAGCCAGGAGGAGCAGGACCUCAUCGGGCCAGUGGUCGCUCUGGGAUAUCCCCUGGGAAGGGCCAUUGUGGCACUGCAGAAGACAGGGAGGCAGAGCCUGAGCCAGUUUUUCGGCUACCUCAGUGCCCGGGAAAGGCUGCUGCAGCAGGGCUACGAGGAGGUCCUGGUGGAUGAGGCCAUGGAGCUGUUCCAGUUCUCAGAGAGCCAGGCAGGGGAGUUUCUGCGCCUCUGGGAGCAGUUCAGCGACAUGGGCUUCCAGCAGCAACGAAUCAAGGAGGUGUUGCUGGUCCAUGGCAAUCGUCAGGAACAAGCCUUGGAGGAGCUGGUCGCCUAUGCCCAGUGACAUCCACAAUGCCUGGGCCACCAGUCUAGGGCCAGGCCUGUCAGUCUAUCCUAACUGCAUCAUUCAAACCAAGCAAUACAUGUUCCAU